GUGAAACAUGAGUGCGCAUGCGCUGUGAGGGUUCCCCCGGAAGUGGAUCGUUUGUGCUUUCCUUAACUAAACCAAGCGGACGGUUGCUGUGAGAGUUAUGGCUCAACAUAUGAAGAAUUUUCCGAGGAGGAGGAGGGCAGGACCUCUUCCACCUCGACCACCACCACCGUGCUGGGACGAACACAAGGCCUACGAGGAGCUGUUUUACUGGGAUAAUCUUAUUCAGGAAGGUGUCCAUCUUCACCCUCAAGACCUCGAACGAUAUGAUGAGUUGCGUUAUUGGUAUGACUGCUUGUGUUAUGAGGAAGACCUCAGGCAGUACAAUGAAUACGUCGUCGAGUACCAGAAGUGGGAAGAUCAACAUUUCCACCCAGGCGAGCCGCCAAUGGGUCCCCCACCCCAGCGCACAUUUAUAAAUGAGGAUCGCUACGUGAAAGCCAAACAUGCCACCAUAUACCCAACAGCCGAGCAGCUUGAGGCGGUGCAGAGCAUGGUGUCUCACAUGGAAUGUGGCCUGAAGGCGGUCUCUGAUUUUCUGAAUAAAAAAGAAUGUGAAGCUACUGGUACUACUGAAAGUGAUUCGGCGAAAAAUAAACUCCGUGGGGUUUUGAGAGUAGGUCUAGUGGCGAAAGGACUCCUGCUGAAGGACAAUUUGGAUCUGGAAUUGGUGCUUCUUUCCAGAGACGCACCCACCAGUUCUCUGCUCAGGCUCAUCUCGGGAAAGCUGUCUGAGCUCAUAAAGGAUGUUACCGAGGAGAAAUACGUCAUCACCCCGUCUAUCCAAGAAGCCGCCAUUAUCGUGACGAACACGAAGGAGCCUCUCCUGAAACUAAACAUCCGUCUGACGUCACCCACUGUCAGGGAGCAGGUUGAGAAAGAGGCAGCUGGAGAACCGUGUGCGGAAAGCUCUCCGCAGGACGCUCUGGACAGGCAGAAAUGCCUGGCUUCACUGGCGUCUCUCCGCCAGGCCAAGUGGUUCCAGGCUAAAGUUGCGGAGCUCCAGUCGUGUAUGGUCGUGAUUCGGAUCUUCCGGGACCUGUGUGCCCGCGUUUCAACUUGGACUCCGCUUAAAGACUGGAUUAUCGAACUGCUAUGCCAUAAAGCCAUUUCAACCAGUGAGAGACCGCUAGGACCGGGAGAAUCAGUGAGGAGAGUUCUUGAAUGUGUUGCGUCAGGGAUACUUUUGGAUGAUGGUCCGGGCAUCUCUGACCCUUGUGAACGAGAGAAUACUGACGCUGGUGCCUAUCUCACCCGGCAACAGCGGGAGGACAUCACCCAGAGUGCACAGUUUGCCUUAAGACUGUCAGCAUUCGGGCAGAUGUACAAAGUGCUUGGAAUGGACCGUCUUACUUCAAAAUAUAGAAUGAUCAACCAACAGGUCUUAGUGGCCGACUCAUCAGCAAAAAGACCAAGGGAAGCUUAUGAUACAGGAGAUCCUGAUUUAAGGCCAAAGUUUCCAAGGAAAGAUAGGAUUGAGCCAGCAAAUGCGCUCAUGAAGCUGAACCAGCUGCGUCCUGGGACUAUCUACAAACUGGCAUCACAAACCGGGCCCGAACAUGAACCUCAGUUCACCAUGUCUGUGGAGGUGGACGGGGUCACGUAUGUAGCGACAGGGCCCUCCAAACGCAGUGCCAAGCUGCACGUCGCCCAGAAAGUUCUGCAGGCAUUAGGUGUACCCGUGGUGCCAGAGGUCAAGCCUCCCAUUGUGAUUAAGACUGCCGUUGUGCCUGCAGCUCCUAACUCUGCGACGAGUUCAGAUGAAACCAUGACAGCUGGAUCGGAAGAUAGCUCAGAGGGCGGCCCCAUCCUUACCAAACACGGCAAAAAUCCCGUCAUGGAACUCAACGAGAAACGCAGAAGCCUCAAAUACGAGCUCAUCUCCGUCAAGGGCCGUUUCAACGACAAAACUUUCACGAUUCAGGUGGACGUUGAUGGACAAAAGUUCCAGGGCUCUGGGUCAAAUAAGAAAUUGGCUAAAGCCAACGCAGCACUAGCGGCAUUAGAGCAGCUCUUUCCUGAAGGUUCACCUGCGGACCCCCUCAAGAAGAAGCGACCCCCAAUGGGUUAUGGCAUGGCUGGUGUAUAUUACAAUGCAGGCGGUCGAGGUAGAGGAAGAGGCCGUGGGAGAGGAAGAGGACUGAACAACACUGGCUCAAAGUUUCCAGUGUCCACUGCUAAUGCUGGAGUCGCACCGACCCCAACCGUUACCAGUGCCGGCACCACCCCCAUGGGGGAUGGUUCUGCGAUUUCCAGCGCAAACGCCGCCACCUACCAGGCCGUCCCUCCACCUGCGACCGGCUAUUUUAAUCAAUACAGCCAGUCCUAUUCACAGUUCAAGAAACCACCAAACCAGGGCCAGACUCCGAAUCAGAACAAAACCCCCGCCCAGGCGCCUCUCGUAGGACCAGACUACGGUUACGGAUAUCAGGGUCCUCCAGGCGUGGGUAUGCCAGGACCGACAGAUUAUAAUUACGCAGCUUUCAGCGGACCACCCGGUACAGCGACGUUCGGGCCACCGGGUACAACUCCCCCUGGCUAUGGCUACACCCAAAGCGCUUACCCCAACCUGGGUGGCUACAGCAGCGGAACCAAUAGCACAGACUUUGCCUACAGAUAAACAUGCCGGGGUUCAUCAUUCAGGACGUUUCUGCAGUUCUAUAGCGUCACUACAGCUUAAACAUUCACUCCCUGUACCUUUUAGGAUUUUAUACUGUGUUUGUGUGCUAAUUUUCCUAUUUGAACAACACUGAUUUUGAUUCAUCAUUCAGGAGGGUGGAAGUUGAUUUUUUUUGUCUGUGCCUAAAUGGUUGAUGUGACUCAAGUGGAAUUUCUUAAUAGUGAUUUUACUGCGACAAUACGUUUUCCACCCAAGGUAUAUUUAUCAGCACCCUCUUUUUGUUCCUCUGUAUUUUAACAGGUUUUCGUUUCGAAUGUGAAUGUGUGUACUAAUACAGACACGGAUGAUUACUUAUCUAAAACCACCGUGUAGGACGUUCCUCAAUUUGGACUUUUAAUAUGUUUGAUUUUGCAUUUCUCGAUGUUUGAUCACUUGCGUAAAUGUUUGUGUUCUAGGGUCAGAUGGAUGUUGUAUGUCAUCUGUGACGGGUGCAGAAAUAAACUUUUGUUUUCCAUUUUUAA